CUGGCCGGCGCUGCCGCCAUGGCGGGUGAGGGCAGCACGUUCCGGCUGCGCUGCACCCUGCUGGGGCACGGGCAGGACGUGCGGGGCCUCACCCGUGGCCUCUUUCCGGAAGGCUGCUUCGUGUCCGUCUCGCGGGACAGAACGGCGCGUCUCUGGGUCCCUGAUGGUCUUAACAGGGGUUUUACUGAGAUGCACUGUAUGAGUGGCCACUCAAAUUUUGUAUCUUGUGUGUGCAUCAUACCUCCAAGUGACCUCUAUCCUCGUGGGCUGAUCGCAACUGGUGGCAAUGAUCAUAAUAUUUGCAUUUUCACAGUUGACAACCCAGCUCCUCUUUAUGUCCUUAAGGGUCAUAAAAACACAGUUUGCAGCCUUUCAUCUGGGAAAUUUGGCACAUUAUUAAGUGGAUCAUGGGAUACAACAGCAAAAGUCUGGUUGAAUGACAAAUGUAUGAUGACAUUACAGGGUCACACAGCUGCAAUAUGGGCAGUGAAGAUACUUCCUGAACAGGGAUUAAUGUUGACUGGUUCAGCUGACAAAACUAUAAAACUGUGGAAGGCAGGCAGAUGUGAAAGAACAUUCACUGGACAUGAAGAUUGUGUGAGGGGUUUAGCUAUUCUCAGUGAAAUGGAGUUCCUUUCCUGUGCUAAUGAUGCUAGCGUUCGAAGAUGGCAUAUCUCUGGCGAGUGUCUGCAGGUGUAUUAUGGACAUACAAAUUAUAUAUACAGCAUCUCUGUCUUCCCUCGAUGUAAAGAUUUUGUAACAACUGGAGAGGAUAGAUCUCUUAGAAUCUGGAAACAAGGGGAAUGUGCUCAAACAAUCAGACUCCCAGCUCAGUCUGUAUGGUGCUGCUGUGUCUUAGACAAUGGUGACAUCGUAGUUGGUGCAAGUGAUGGAAUUAUAAGGGUGUUUACAGAGUCCUUGGAACGUACAGCAAGUGCUCAGGAGAUACAGGCUUUUGAAAAUGAGCUUGCCCAAGCAUCCAUUGAUCCUAAAACUGGUGAUUUAGGAGAUAUCAAUGCUGAUGACCUUCCUGGAAGAGAACACCUUAAGGAUCCUGGAACAAGAGAUGGACAGACACGGCUUAUUAAAGAUAAUGGGAAAGUAGAAGCAUAUCAAUGGAGUGUUAGUGAAGGAAGAUGGAUAAAGAUCGGUGAUGUUGUUGGUUCUUCUGGAGCCACACAACAAACAUCUGGAAAAGUUUUAUUUGAAGGAAAGGAAUAUGACUAUGUUUUCACGAUUGAUGUAAACGAAAAUGGGCCUUCCUACAAACUGCCAUAUAACAUCACUGAUGAUCCUUGGCUGACUGCAUACAACUUCCUGCAAAAGAAUGAUCUAAAUCCUAUGUUUCUGGAUCAGGUGGCCAAGUUUAUUAUGGACAACACUAAGGGGCAAACACUGUUGAGUACAAGUAACCAAUUUUCAGAUCCAUUUACAGGUGCUGGACGUUAUGUUCCAGGCUCUUCAUCUGGAUCAAGUACAAUACCUGGGGCAGACCCAUUUACAGGUGCUGGUCGCUAUGUUCCUGGUUCAGCAUCAAACACAGUACCUCCAGCAGGUGGGGUUGAUCCAUUUACGGGAAUGGAUGCCUACCAGUCAGCUGCAGCUAAAGUUGAAAAUAUUUAUUUUCCAAAGAAGGAUGCUGUCACCUUUGACCAGGCCAAUCCUACGCAGAUACUGGGCAAAUUAAAGGAACUUAAUGGCAGUGCAGCUGAAGAACAUAAGCUUACCGAAGAUGACUUGAUAAUCCUAGAAAAGUUACUGUCUGCAACAUGCAACACCUCUACGGAAACACCUACGGCACAGCAACUUCAGACCUUAUGGAGAGCAGUUAACUGGCCAGAAGAUAUUGUCUUUCCAGCGCUAGACAUUCUUAGAUUGUCUGUCAGGCAUCCCACUGUGAAUGAAAACUUCUGCAGUGAAAAGGAGCAAGUACAAUUUAUCAUCCUUCUCCUUAAAUUUCUGAAUCCUAAAGGCAAACAAGCAAACCAGCUGUUGGCACUUAGAGCUCUUUGCAAUUGUUUUGUCAGCCGUGCAGGCCAGAAGCUCAUGAUGGAACAGAGGGAUGAAAUAAUGACACAAGCAAUAGAAACAAAAUCAGGCAAUAAUAAGAACAUCCACAUUGCACUGGCCACACUGACAUUGAACUAUGCUGUAUGUUUACAUAAAGUCAAUAACGUUGAGGGCAAAGCUCAAUGUUUAUCAGUAAUCAGCACAGUUAUGGAAGUUGUUCAAGAUCUUGAAGCCAUUUUUAGACUGCUUGUGGCUCUUGGGACACUAAUCAGUGAUGAUACAAAUGCUGUGCAAUUAGCUAAGUCUCUGGGAGUUGAUUCUCAAAUAAAAAAGUAUGCCUCUGUAUCAGAACCAGCUAAAGUAAAAGAAUGCUGUAGGUUUGUUCUUAAUCUGCUAUAAUAAUUUUUUUCUUGGAAGACAGUGUAUGCAUUAAAAAGAUGCUUUUGUUCAUAUUUUAUGACAGACUAUACUUGGGAAGAUAUUGUGGAUUAUUACACUUGACUUGUUGCAAGAUACAGAGCAAAUAAAACUUUUUUCACUGUUUGUCAUUGGACUGCUUUUCUGAAGUGAACAGUGCACAGAAACUUUCCAAGGACAUUGCUCAUACAAAAAUAGAUCACCAAGAAGUUAAACCAUAUCAGUACUUACAGGUCAUCCAGACAAAAAGAUACCUGAAUUGAGUUACUACACUGCUUCCAGCAAACUUUGUCUGUCAGAUCUUUAGUUGCACACUUGUACAGUUACUCUUUGGAUGGAUUUCCAGAUAAAUAACCCUCACAGUCCUGAUCAUGGUCUGAGUCACAUACUUUCUGAUUUGAUCUACUGGAGGUUCAUAUGUGAGGCAGUCCAACAAAUUAUUUGUAAUUUACAGUACUUGAUAGAUGAACCCCUUCCUGGGAAAGCAUCUAAGAAGCUACCUUUAGGAAACAUGUCUGUGAAAUAAUGUGCCUAUCUGCUGAAUUUUGGUUGCCUACUAUACAAUUGUUCAUGAAGCUUCAGCUUUCUAAUGUUGUGCUCUUCAACUGUGUUUGUACCUGUGUUAUUUUAAGAAAUUAUACUUGUCUUAAUAUUUUUGUUUUAUUAUUGUGGGAUUGCUCUGUUACAGAUUCUCUUUACGUGAAAAUUGUUAUGAAUUUCCCAGACCAAAAAUGUUUCUAUUAAUAAACAUACUCUGGCAACUCCCAAGAAAUGGUAUAUUAAAAGAUAUUACAAAAUUCA